UCGCGCGACUCUCUCGAUCUCCAAGAUCGCUCUUCCUUCAACGAGCAAAUUCAACAUUUCUUCGGAAAUUCUUUCGUCCUUUCGGUCUACUUUCCACGAGAAUACCGACAAAAUGUUAAACAAACUCUACAUACUAUCAAUCAUGCUUUUCUUUAUCAUUGGCUUUGCUUUCGGCGCCGAAAACUACAGAGACUACGAAGAUGGAAUACAAGAGAAAACGCCGGUAGAAAAUAUUCAAGAGCUUUACAGACUUCUUAUGCAACGUAACGCUUUAGAAAAUGCUGGUUACGGUGAAAUUCCGUUUGAACAUUUAAUGAUCCGCAAAUCUCAGCGAUCACCUUCAUUGCGCUUACGCUUUGGUCGUUCAGAUCCUCAUCUAUCUGUAGGAUUACUGUCAAGACCUAUGGGCAUUGUAGCAUCACCAAGAUUUGACGAUAAUUAGAAAAAAAUGGACAGCAUGUUUUCCUUACUUUUUCC